AUUCGCCACCUGAAAACAUCACAGCUUGCCAACCUGGACUUGUCCACAUUCUACAAUGUGUUUGAUAUCUUUCCAGAUGCUUUUAUUUUUUCUGAAUGGAGUUCAGUUUACAGGUAAUCUAAAGAAGGUACGCUUCCUUAAAAUGAUGCGCUUUUUGGGAGGGAACUAAUCCAUUCACUUAAGAACUUCUUAAAACGGAUGAAAUGGUAAAUUAUACUUACAGAACAUUACAACUUUUCUAUAUAUAAAACAUAAAAUGUUGAUUUUUUUUUACUCCCUUCAGUUGGUCAGGUAACAAUUACGACGACCCCCACUGUCAUUGAAUCAGAGAUUACGAAAUCUCUUGUUGUAACCUGCAGAUUCCCCCCACAAUCAUCAUCUGGGUAUCAAGUUUUUUCUUUAGCACUAAAAAAAUUGACAGCAAAUUCCACAUUGGAGCAACUUGCCUCAAUAAAUAGAGAUACACAUUCCACUGUACACAUAGAUGUUCCGAGCUACGGCAUGAGCAGUAGUAACGGAGUCAUUAACUCAACGCUUGGAUCAUUCCUGACUCUGGAAUGGGUGAACCCGAUGGCCUCAGAAUCUGGGACCUACCAGUGUAAAGCUAAUGUCUUUAACGAAGCAGAUGAUAUUUUUGUCUUCAAUGAAAACAAAUCUGUCAGUUUUACACAACCAUCAGUCGGCAGUUUAACACACCUCAUUUUUAAAUUAGAGUCUGAGGUGAACAAUAAACUACAGAGACUGGAGAAGGACUUCAGUAACAUUACGACUCAAGCAAAUCAAACUAAUAAUACACUAGAGAAAAUGCAGAAUGACUUCAAUAACAUUACUGCUCAGUCUAAUCAAACUAACAAUAAACUUCAGAAGCUGGAGAAGGAAUUCAAUAACCUUACGGCACAAUCAACUCAAUUUAACAAUAAACUACAAAGACUGGAGAAUGACUUCAAUAACCUUACGGCUCAAACAAAUCAAACUAAAAAUAAACUAAAUAGAAUGGAGAAUGACUUCAAUAACCUUACGGUUCAAGCAAAUCAUACUAACUAUAAACUUCAGAAAAUGGAGAAUGACUUUAACAACCUUACGGCUCAAGCUAAUCAAACUAACAAUAAACUACAGAGACUAGAGACAACGCUUCAUAAUUUGGAAUCAACAAUGUUCAAGAAAUCUACAGUUUUCAACGGUCGUCAGUAUUACUUGUCUCUGUAUGAACCUCACUCGGCAGUCAAUGCAGAAAUGGCGUGUGAAGCUUUAGGUGGCUACUUGGCUGAGGUAGAUUUUAAGUAUGAAUUUGAUUUUCUAAUAACAUUGAUAGGGACGCCAGCUGCCAGUGAAGUUUCAUUUCUGCUCGGCGGCACCGACGAGGGGCACGAAGGUCGCUGGGUAAACCGUCACAGUGGAACACCUUUGGGCUACACGUCAUGGCUUCAAGGUCAACCGGACAACAGUCUGUUUCACGACUUAAGAGAGAACUGCCUGGCCAUGAUGUACGAAGCCACGGUGAAUGCCUUCGUGAUGAACGACCUCACGUGUUUUAAUUCAAAUGGCGUCAAUACGUUUUACUUCAUCUGUGAAGUACCAAUUUAGUAUUGAAAUAGCCACAACGAUGAAUUGAUCCUAUUUGGACAACCGAAUGGAGGCAGUGGCAUGACAUGGGGCCUGCGGCUUGGGUGGGUCUGUACAUGCGGAAUGCGUGGGUUGUAACCUAACAUUAGAGGUGAUGUCUGAAUAAGUGAAUAUUUUAUUGAAAAGUCAGUAUUAAAAUAAAUAUAAACUGUACGCAUUUUUCAUAUAUCAAAAUAUAUUUACAAAUACUUGAGCAUAAUUACAUUACUCAAUUUCUUUAAAAAAAAUAGCGAUGAAUUCGUUAAACAGCUUCUGAAUAUUACA